CAGUCAUGGAAGAAUAGGGGGGGGAAACUACACCUCCCAGCAUCCCUCUGCAAGGCCUUGUCUUGCGGAACAAACCAUUCGGUUAGUAGGAAUUAAGGAUUCUGGGACCGUUGUACGUUCGGCUUCACGGAAGUUAUCUAAGGAGUUUCGGUUUAGUUUUAGGAAGAUAGGAUCUGAAUACAAUCCUUGUCUCCUUUCACACGACGAAGGACGGAGCAACGUGCAUGACUAACUUUAUGCAGAAAGACUUUCCUGAAGAAGAAAAAGAAAAGUCUAUGUCAGAAAGGCAGAUGACUCUUCAGCCUCCCAAUGUAGAAAAUAUCUCAGCCAGUCUUCAACAGGAUGAGGCUGAAGAAACAAAAGAGGAUUCUUUGGGAGACAAACGGUCAAAUUCUGAUGGACUCCCACUCGGAACAGAGGAUAUUGACGCUACAGAGUAUGGUGAUGCUACAGAGUCCAUUGUAAGGAUUCCAUCUGAUUCUGCUGGUUUACCUGAUAGUUGUGUAGAUACAAAUUUGUCGAAUUCUUUACAUAAAAAGACAGAGUGUUCCACCGAUACUGACCUCCUAGAUUUUCAGAAAGAAGAGAAAUCUUUAACAGAGACUGUUCCAGAAGAUAAAAUCAGUUCACAGGGCCAGCAAAGCCAGGACUCUCCAAAACAUACUGAAGAAACAAAAGAAGAUGAUUUGGACAAGGAAAACGAAACAGUUCAAAAUCUUGAAGACGUAGAGAAGGCAUACCUGGUUGCAGAUGUACAACAUACAACAUCCAAACUAGUGCCUGAAUUCUAUUCUCAGAAGACAAUUGAAUGCUUUACACCAGAAGUAAAUCAACAGAACUCAGUGAAAAAGCUGGUAAAUAAUUCUCAGUCUCAUCAAGAUAAUGGCUUUCUCCGCUACGGAGUUUUUCUGGCAAUAAUGGUGGCGUUGAUUGCAAUUUUUAUAAGUUGCCGUUGUUACUACAAUUUACACCCUCCAAGUAUGCAGAAAAAUCCAGUGGUGGAGGUCUUCCUAUCAAAGUUCAGUCCACUGAAAGACAUCUUCCCAGGUCAGAGUCCUCACCUGUGGGGACGAGUACAGAAAAUAUUGCAGAAACACCUUAAUACAUCCUACCACACUGAACCCGCUAUCUUAAUCUUUACUGCUGCCCAGGAAGCUAAAUCAACUCUGAAGUGUCUGAGCACCCAGAUUGCCAGUGCCUAUUCAUCAUCCCUGGGAGGCAGCACAGUCCACGUAGAUGGAAUUUCUAAAUCCACUCUAAGCAAUGAUCUUGCAAAGCUAGCCGUUGAUGAGGAGCUGAGCGUUGGUUUCCAUGGAGGAGGAAAGGCAGCAGUAGUACAUCAGUUUGAAUCCCUGCCUGCAAGUUCCACUUUAAUCUUUUACAAAUACUGUGACCAUGAGAGUGCUGCUUUCAAAGAUGUGGCACUGAUUUUGACAGUUUUGCUGGAGAAUGAGACGUUGGAUCCUACCAUUGGUCUACAGAUUGUGGAGGAAAAUGUGCGGGACUUCCUCUGGGCCAAAUUCACAAACUCUGAUUCACCCAGUUCUUAUGAUCUUAUGGAUACUGAUAAGCUAAGUGGGCUCUGGAGUCGCAUAUCCCACUUAGUCGUGCCUGUAUGUCCUGUGCCAUUUAUAGAAGAUAAUGGCUGCUUUCAACAAGUGGAAAAUAAAGAAGACUUCACUUUUAAAAAUUAAAGGAAAAAGAGGAACCCACUUUCCUUCUGCAGUUUUCCGAAAGAUUUGCACAAAUCAGAUUUUUUUUUGAUUGCCUGAAAGGACUAGAGAUAUUAAGAGGAAACAAACCAAUUUUAAAUAAAUCAUGCACUGUGAUGCUGGUUUUGAUUAUGGCUUUCAUAACAAACCAGAAAAGAAAUUACUGAAUUGAUUUUAUUGUUGAGUUGGCAUUUGCAAUGCAGUUUAAUGCAAUAUUUUUAAAGAUGGGUAACUAGUAUAGUUUGCACAUUUAUAUUUUCAGAACGAAUUUGCCAUUGGAGGAAAAUGGAAAGACUACUCUUAAAAUCUUUCUUCGGUUUUUUAUAAAUAGAAUGGAUAGCUUAUUCUAGAACUCUUAAUUGGCAGGUAAGAACUCUAGUAAUUAACUGGUGAUUAUGUGAACUCCUCCUAAGCAAACACUACAAAGUUCAGCUUAUUUGCACAAGACCUCCUAUUAAUUCAGCCAACUUACUAAAAAUUAGAUGCUGAUAUUAAAGCUAAUUGCAAAAUAAACUACAUAAUUUUCUGAAUUUAUGCAGUUAAUAUAUUGAAUUUAUAAAAACUUUCUUUUAAUACAGACUCCAUGGAUUGAGAUGUCAAAUAUGUAAAAUGCACUGUAUUUGUGCAUCUAUGGCAUAUUUUCUAAAUGGUAAUUCUAAAAAUAGCUUUUACUAUAAUGUGAUACUCUACUCUCUAUAUAAAGAAGCUAUUAUAUAUUGCAUGUUUUCUCAAUUUUGGUGAUUUUUAAUUUAUGAUGCAAAGUGCAAUUCCUUCCAAAGGUACAAUAUAAAUAUCCUAUUGGGAACAGAAUAUGAUGCCUCAUGAUCAGUCAGUAUGUUUCAUUUCAUAUAAUUUAGUAUUUUUUCAGCCACUGAUUAGGACUCUUGGACUUAUCUGGAUAUCUUGGCAUUGAAGCAGAGGUGGUUUUCAGCAGGUUCUGACCAGUUCUGGAGAACUGGUAGCGGAAAUUUUGAGUAGUUCGGAGAACCAGUAGUAAAAAUUCUGACUGGCCCCGCCCCCAUCUAUUCUCUGACUCCAAAUCCCAGCUGAUCAGGAGGAAAUGGGGAUUUUGCAGUAACCUUCCCCUUGAGUGGGGUGGGAAUGGAGAUUUUACAUAUCUUUCCCCUGCCAUGCCCACCAAGCCAUACCCACCAAGCUACGCCCACAGAACCGGUAGUAAAAAAAUUUGAAACCCACCACUUCAUUGAAGGUGGCUGAAAGUUCUUAGAACUGCUACUGUAAAAAAAAUGAAAGGGAUAUAGUUGGAAAAGCUACCUUAGAAAUUACGUAAGUAUAAUUCAAUUCCAUUCUAGUAAUAAAUUGGGACUACUGGUAGGUAUCUAGUUAGUGACUACUAAGUUCAGAGAUUUUUUAAAAAUGAUGUAGUUGCUUCACUGAAGUGGGUUAACAAACAUACAAAUGUCUUUAGAGAAUUGACAGCCUAAACUUAUGAUAGCUGCAGUAUAUAGAAAAUAUUCCUACCUCACUUUAUAGCUCUUCAUCUUUAGAAAGGUCAGAUCUGAAGCAAUAUAAUGCCAUCUAGUGGUUGUAUUAUGGCAAAAGUGCAUCUUUGUGUAACUCGAGUCAACCUCUAUAGAUAGUCCUCAACGUAUGACCAUUCAUGUAACAACUCUUCAAAGUUACAAGAGUACUUGAAAAGUGAUUGAUGUCCAGUCCUCACACUAAUGGCUGUUGCAGUGUUCCUGAAGUCACAUGAUCAAAAUUCAGGAAUUUGGCAAUUGACGUGUAUUUAUGAUGAUUGCAGCCUGGUAUCAUAUGAUCAUCAUUACCUUCUCAAGAGGUUUCUGACAAAGUCAGUGGGGAAAACUAGAUUCACUUAACUGUGUGAUUCACUUAAAUGCAGCAAUAAAGGUUUUAAAAUCAGGCACAACUCGCGUAACAAUUGGCUUUGCUUAGUGACAGAAGAUCUGGUCCCGACUGUUUUCUUAAAUUGAGGACUGCCUGUAUUUUUCUGUGGAUUAUGGAUAUCUUACAUGGUUGGUAAUGCAUUAAUGUUUUUUCAUAUAACUUUAAAACAUGAAUCUCACACUAUAAUUAAGUGGUUGUCAUUCAUUACAUUAUUAUAUUGCCAAAUCAUGAUAGAAUUCCUGUCUGUUAACUGCAGCAUGAAACCAUCAAUUCUAAGUUUAAAACCUUCCGGUUGCAUUAAAAUGACAGGAUACAUAUUCAAAAUUUUAAAUGUUUAAAUACGGUUUUUAUAUGGAAGAGAAUAUAUUUCUCUUAUUAGCUGAUAAAUUAAUUAGCCAAGAACCAGUUUGGUGUAGUGAUUAAGGUGCUAUAGAAACUAGAAACUAGGAGAGUCUGAGUUUUAGACCUCCUUUAGGCAUGAAAGCUGGUUGGGUGAUUUUGGGCCAAUUGCUUUCUCUCUCAGCCAACCCACAAGGUUGUUGCUACAGGAAAAACAUUAGGCAGGAAUACAGAUAGCAAUAGCAAUAGCACUUAGACUUAUAUACCUCUUCACAGUGCUUUACAACCUUGUCUAAGCGGUUUACAGAAUCAGCCUAUUGCCCCCAACAAUCUGGGUUCUCAUUUUACCAACCUUAGAAAGAUGGAAGACUGAGUCAACCUCGAGCCAGUGAGAAUGAAACUUUUGGCAGUCAGCAGAAUUAGCCUGCAAUACUGAGUCCUUCGGGAGAUAGGGCGGUAUAUAAAUACGAUUAAUAAAUAAAUAAAUAAAUAAAUAAAUAAAUACAUUCUAACCACUGUGCCACUACAGAUAGUCCUUGUUAACCGACUACUUAUUCAGUUAUGAUUAGAAGUUACGACAGAGCUGAAAAAGAUUAUGACCAGUCUUCAAAGUUGGUCCCCGUGGUCAUCUGAUCAUGGUUCAGGCACUUUGCAACCAGUAUACAUCAACCGUGGAGUCAUGGUAGGAGAGAGAAAAUCAGACAACAAGAUUAGAUCUCUCUGGACCUUUAGUCAAAUCCAAACCUAAAAUAGGAUGAAGUUUCUUCAUAUCCAAGAAUUACCCUUUCAAUUGCCAUAAUCAAGACAUUCAGCUGAGGUUCAAAAUUUGACACAAAAUCUCAAAAUACAGCAGUUUAUUUUUGUUGAUAUUUCUGUUCCCCUUCCUUUUUCUUCCCUGAAAAAGUUAUCUCAUUCCCUGGUUUUCAUCUUUCAGUAUUUAUAUUUCAAGAUUCUGGGUAGGUCUACAGAGAACAGCACUGUUUCUUUUUUGUGCUCUUUGGUUUCUGCUUUGACAUCUAAAGUUCGUUUUUGAUGAUAGUAUUUUUGUUACACAAACCCUAGCUUUAAGAUUACCUUUCUAACUAGAGCUGUGAAUUUCAACAAGAGUAAAUUAUAUUUUGCUGUUCAAAUAAAGUAAUAUAUCUUUAAUUUUACUUUUUUUUUCAAUGAACACUUUAGGGCUAUGA